UCAUCGUUGACAGACGUCCACACGGCUAGCUGUUUCAAAAAUGAAACUGGCUCGUGUCUGACUCCUGUAUUUCAACGGCAACCCGAAAGGAAAACGAAAGCAAGACGGGUGUUAACUUAUUAAAACCACAAAAAUAAAUCCCGUGGUCGACCGUUCGGUGUGACACAGCGGAGGUGGAGGAACACCGGCGCUGGUAAUGUCGAGUAAAUACCAGAUCUGGACAGGACGUACUGUGCUGCAAUGGGGUCUGUAGCGGUGGCCUCAGCUACUUGGUGAGACUGAAGCAGCUGUGACUAUGGCGCACUUUGACACAGAGUACCAGCGCCUGGAAGCGUCCUACAGCGACUCUCCCCCUGGAGAGGAGAACCCGCUGAUGCACGUACCAGAGGGAGCUAAAUCCCAGUGGCACCAUAUAGAAAACCUGGACCUGUUUUUCCAGAGAGUUUAUAAUCUGCACCAGAAGAAUGGAUUCACCUGUAUGCUGCUGGGGGAGAUCUUUGAGCUUGUUCAACUGCUGUUUGUGGUUGGCUUCACGGUGUUCCUAGCUAACUGUGUGGACUAUGACAUACUCUUUGCCAACAAGUUUGUAAACCACACUGAUUCAUCGAAGGUCACCUUGCCCGAUGCCUUCCUCCCAGUGGAUGUGUGCAGUGCCCGUAUCCGAGAUAACGCGUUUGUGAUCUUCGUGUUAAUCAUCUCUGGGGUGUUUUGGCUCCAUCGCCUAGUCAAAUUCAUUUACAACGUCUGCUGCUACUGGGAGAUACGAGCCUUCUACAUUAAUGCACUCAAGAUGACCAUGUCAGAGCUUCCCUAUGCAACAUGGCAGGAGGUUCAGGCCAGGAUAGUGGAGAUCCAGAAGGAGCACCAGAUCUGCAUCCAUAAAAAGGAGCUGACGGAGCUCGACAUUUACCACCGCAUCCUCCGCUUUAAAAACUACAUGGUUGCCAUGGUGAAUAAAUCGCUCCUUCCUGUGCGAUUUCGACUUCCGGGACUUGAGGAGUCUGUGUUCUACACCCGCGGUCUCAAAUACAACUUUGAGCUUAUCUUCUUUUGGGGGCCAGGCUCUCUGUUUGAGAACGAAUGGAGCCUGAAACCCGAGUACAAGAGAGGAGGUAACAGGCUUGAGCUGGCAGACCGGCUAGCCUCCAGAAUCCUGUGGAUUGGGAUCGCCAACCUGCUGCUGUGUCCCGUCAUUCUGGUGUGGCAGAUCCUUUAUGCCUUCUUUAGUUAUACGGAGGUGAUCAAGCGAGAACCUGGUUCCCUCGGAGCGAGAUGCUGGUCUCUGUACGGUCGAUGUUACCUGCGGCACUUUAAUGAGUUGGAUCAUGAGCUCAUGUCACGCCUCAGCAAAGGAUACAAGCCGGCAUCCAAGUAUAUGAACUGUUUCCUCUCACCGCUGCUGACGGUGGUUGCCAAAAAUGUAGCGUUUUUUGCCGGGUCGCUUCUGGCUGUCCUCAUCGCCCUGACCAUCUAUGAUGAGGAUGUUCUCUCAGUGGAACAUGUUCUGUCAUCGAUCACACUGCUUGGAGUGUGUAUCACAGUCUGCAGAUCGUUUAUCCCUGAUAAGCACAUGGUUUUUUGCCCUGAGCAGCUGCUGAGGGUGAUCCUGGCGCACAUCCACUACAUGCCUGACCACUGGCAGGGCAAUGCACAUAAAUAUGAGACUCGUGACCAGUUCUCCCAGCUCUUCCAGUACAAAGCAGUGUUCAUUCUGGAGGAGCUGAUAAGUCCAGUGGUGACGCCCAUCAUCCUGAUCUUCUGUCUGAGGAGGAAGUCCCUGGAGAUCAUUGACUUCUUCAGGAACUUCACAGUGGAGGUGGUCGGGGUAGGAGACACUUGUUCGUUUGCCCAGAUGGACAUCAGGCAGCAUGGACACCCUGCGUGGAUGUCUGCAGGCAAGACCGAGGCGUCUAUCUAUCAGCAGGCAGAGGACGGGAAGACCGAAUUGUCUCUGAUGCACUUUGCCAUCACCAACCCCCAGUGGCAGCCUCCACAGGAGACCACACACUUCAUCAGCCAAUUGAAAGAGCGAGUGCACAGAGAGGCCGCGGGGGCCUCUUCUGACACACAUCCACUCUCACUGUCCGAGUCUGAGCCAAGGAGCCUUGUUGCAAACCUUUUGGCGGGUCCCUCCACGCUGACUUCCAUUCAUUUUGGCCACGAUAGCUCUCUGACCAAUCAAGCUGGCCUGAGUGAUGGAGCGUCUGCCUUACGCUCCCUCUCCCCAAACAGCGGUAGUCUUCACCUGAGAGGCAGCUUAAAUGCGGCUCACACGUCAACAAUGAGCAAAGCAAUGGCGGGCUCCGGAACGGAUGCCCGGACCGUGAGCUCAGGCAGCAGUGCAUGGGAGGGUCAACUCACCAGUUUGGUCCUGUCAGAGUACGCCUCCACUGAGAUGAGCAUCCAUGCCCUUUACAUGCAUGAGCUACACAAGCAGCAGUCCCACGGCGAGCUAUCCCGUCACACAUGGCACAGACAGGACAGUGACGAAAGCAGCGACAGCAUCCCUGACGAAGUGAGGAGUGAACCCAACCCCAGACAUUUCCCCCGCUCACACACCUUCCCCACCACAGUUCCAAGUCCCAGUGCCAUUCCCACGUCAGCCUCGUGCAUGAGCAGUACCACACUGGGCCAGGAGGGGGCGGCAUCAAACCGCAUCGGCCAGCAGGGUUUCACUAAUUCCAGCUCCGACUCUUUCGGUGCGAGGGGGAGAGUAGUGAAGUCGGCCCGCGGUGUGCCCAUGGGAGGGUGGGCAGAGGAGGGUCAGGCAGCACGACGACACCACGAGACACUACCAGAGGAGAGCUCCGAGGACGAUAUGCCACCUCACAUACACAAGAUUACAUAACCAAGUUAUGUGAAUGAGUAUCAGCGUCCCACAACUCCACAGAUAUCCAGGGACGCGUCCUCCACCAAAACCUUUUUCCGGGCCUUACCACCUGAUCGGACACGUAUGGAGCUGGACAUAUGCAAGAGCAGUCUGCCAUGAAACCUACAAACCACGUAACCGAAUGAAAGAUACUAUACCACAGACUGCAUGCCUGAAUAGGCAAACAGGGUAAAUAUCUCAAUUGUGACCAGAAGAGGACCUACAGGAUCAAGUUGUUUCUAAAAUCUUGGCUAUGCGCUUUUAUAAUGUCGAAAGAUUACAUGAUGAAAGUGCAUGUAUUACUGGGGUGUAAAUUAACUUGUCAACACUUCAUCCUUUGCACUAUGCCACUGUUGAAAAAUACAUACCAAGUUGCUCACAAUUUGAUCACAAUAAUCACAAUUGUGCUCUCUGUAUUUGUCCUUCUCUUACUACUGCUUUAGUACACAAGUAAAAUUUGCAGAAUGUUUGGUAUCUCUCUGACAAUAGCGUACCACGUUGGCUUUCAUUGUGUCAAUCUGUUGUACCUGUAGCGGGACGCUGUGCUCUGUCUUUCAGCUGGCGCUCCGCCUCUUUGCAAAACAUAUGAAGGCAUCUAAUAGUAACAAAACCUGACAUUUUUGUAAUAAGAUUUUAACUGUGAGGGACUUGUUUCUUUCUUUCUACAUGAAUUGCAUAACACAAUUUAUGUGAAUUCAGUCUGGCUCAGUUUGCACAGAUUCUUGUUCUAAACAUAAUUGUACAGCGUAGCCUGGUAGUCAUGCAUACUGUGCACUGUGUAGAUAAAUAUCAUCAGGUGACUUCACACAACCAUCAUAUAGCAUAUUUAAUUGAUCAAAUGUAGACGAUUAAAAGGCCAACAUGUUGCAAUGUGUAUGUAUCGAUACGUGAUUAACGAAAAACAAACUAAUCGGUUGCAACAACAGACCUUCACCUGACAAACACUAUUCAAUUUUUCACCAUUCAUUAAUUUCAACAGACUUGCGAAGGGGCGCAGCAGAAAGACAAGGUUACUUUGAGCAUGUGCAUUGACUUCUGUGCCAACCCUAACCCAUACAAAAUACCCUCUAGCACAAGUGCAUGACCACCAUAAACCCAUUCUUCUAAAAAGUUAGAAUUCAUCCCCAAGAAGAAUGACCAUCCUCCACUUCCUGUUAAUCAACUUUCCCUCAUUUUCCUGUCAUUAGGCCACAGUUAAUCAAAAAAAUAAUUAUACAGGUUAAUAAUCUGUUAAUGGAGAGGGUGUCACUUAACUAGGAUUAUUUGUAAGUAUGUUUUCGUAUGUAUGUACAGUAUAUUUUAAUUAUUUUAUUUAUCAAAGGGAUGUGCCAUGAUGAUUGACCUUUGACAAUAAAGGUUGGGUUUUCUGCUCUUGGUUAGGGAUGAAUAAGUAUAUUGAUAUGGUAAAGUAUCCAUUGCUUCAGUGCACUAAUGUUUGAUUCGUGAUACAUAUUUUUUUAUACAUCUUGUCGAAUACAAUUUUGUACAGCUGUAAAUUCCUCCAUUAAAAACAAGACAAUGAC